GAAUUGAUCUCUCUUCAAUUCGUAUUGUGCUGCAACUCAUCUGGAAGUUCGUUUGGUAGGUAGGUGGCCUGUUUGAUAAUUUCUAUUUGUUUGUUUUUUUGGUACACAAUGUGAUGAAUAUGCGCAUCAGAAUCCUGAAAGAACAAUUUAGCCUUAAUGUUUGGUUGUGUGAUGAAUGGGAUUGUCUGAUUUGAGUGUGUCGUGUUGGAUGUUUUUGAUGUUGUGUGAUUGAUUGAUUGAUGUGUUGUUUAGUUGAGGUUGUUUGAGUUGUGAGGCGAAUUUGUUACUGAAGGGUAGUGAUCCGCCUAGUUUUCAAUCUGAUUGUUGUUGUUAUCACUACUUGAGUUCCUAGAGAUGAAUUUCUGGUUAUCGUAAUCUUUUAUAUUUUGUUCAUUCUUUUUUUGACAGAAUAAUUUCCGUCAAAUAGUUGUCGUCAACUGUAAGUUAAGUUGUUUUUUUGUUUAAAUAAUUGUUUCUAGCACUGUUAAUUCGGCGAUGAUUUUGAUAUUAUUCGGUUCUUUGGAUGAUGAAAUUUUGUUUACAGCUGUGAAUCAAAUAUAGGUUUGUAUUGCAUGCCUUCGUGUGAGAGUUAGAUCUGUUCUACUGCCGCUCGUAUUUCGCCCGGGUCAAUAGUUUUCUACAUAAUUCCUUACAGAAAUUUGUGUGUAGUUUGUUGAGAUAGUGUAAAAUGUUUUGAGUAGAAGAAGGAUUUUAUUGUCAAAAUAAAUUAUCAGCUUCGAAUGUCUUCUCCACAACUGCGGGCACAUCGUUUUGACUUAAUGCCUGUUGUUUCCGGUGGUCACCUUUGUCCUAAGUAGAGCGGUAAAUUAGUUGCUGUGAUUAAUGUAUUUCAUUCUUCAGUAUGGUUGCGUGUGGAUUUAGUUAUGCGUAAUUGUUUGUUUAACACUAGUCAGCAGUUACAAAUGAGUAAUGCAUUUCAUCUACAUCUGCCCUUAACGUAUAAAUACCUUCGAAAUUAAUUCUUUGCAUUUUGCUAAUCGAUAUGUUGUUGGUAGUCUCGUAGUUACUGACGUCAGAAACGAAUAUAAAUUAUUCAUCUGUAAAGUUGGAUUGAUUAUUUUUUUAAACAUUUACAUUUCUUCUCUUGCAUUUAUAUUGACGUGAUUAUGUGGAUUAUCGAUUUUUUUAGGUGUAUUUAUUCUUCAAAGUCAUCUAAUUGCAUCAUGUUUUUUAUAACUUUAUUGUGUGUAGGUAUCAUGGGAUUUGUAAUGAAGUUCCCUGUACGACUUUUCAAUUCUUUUAGCAGUUUAUCUCUCAAGUCAGUGAUGCCUCUACGAUGUCAAAGCCCUGCGUGUCCUAUAACACUACUAACCUUCGCAAAGAUCAACUUAACAGAUUCUCGACACUUUUGUUCAUCUGAAGAAGGAAAACCUGAGAAGCAAGUUGCUGAAUUAGUAAAAAGCAGUCGUAUUGUCUUGUUUAUGAAAGGAAAUCCCAGCGAACCGCGUUGUGGCUUCAGUAAUGCUGUUUGUCGUAUUCUUGAAAUGCACGGGAUUUUAGAGAAGGCAAGAAAAGGAGAUGAUCCCAAAUUAUUCGCAUCAUAUGAUGUCUUAGAAAGUGAAGAAUUACGAGCUGGUGCUAAGGUGUUCGCUGACUGGCCUACUUUUCCUCAAGUUUAUUUUGACGGUGAAUUCAUUGGUGGAUGUGAUAUAUUUUUGGAUAUGCAUCGAUCUGGAAAGUUAACGGAAGAACUAGAACGUCUUGGUAUCGGUUCUGCUUUGAAAAAGGAAGAAGAAAAAGCAUAA